CUCCCCUGGGCACUGGCAGUGUUGAAAUCCCAACAGCGGUGCAGGUAGCUGGGGGAAUGACUGCUUGCUUAUUGUAAAAGACCGAAAAUUAGCUGCUAUGAUAGUUUGACGAUCGUUUUCAACUGGAUCGAGUCGCAGUGGGACACUUUGGUAGACGGUGACACAAAAACAGCGGAAAGUUUUCCCCAAGAUGGAAGUCCAAUGCCUUGCACUUCAGGACCUCACAAGUCCUAGGAAAAGUUGCCCAGAGGGGGAUGGGGAUCGAAGGGAACAAAAGGAAAACAUAUGCACGGUGAGGAGGAGAGGCACGCCAUUGAAAUGUGCAGAGUCCUGCACCCCUGUUUUGAAGAGGGGAGGCGACACCCCUGGCCUGGAUCACGUCACCCCGAUCAAACACACCGCCACGGCCGAGCCUUGGACGCCCACGGCCAACCUGAAGAUGCUCAUCAGCGCCGCCAGCCCUGACAUACGGAAUCGUGAGAUGAAGGAGAAGAAAGUACUGUUUAGACCCAUAGAGAAUGAAUCGGAAAGUGUGGAUGUUGCAAGAGAAGAUGUAGAAGGUGGUCAGUUUGAAGCAGCAGUAGAAGAAGAUGAGGAUGCAGAAAAGAAGCCAAGCAGGAAGCAGAAGAGUUUGGGUCUGCUGUGCCAGAAGUUCCUGGCCCUCUACCCAGAUUAUCCGCCGUCAGACAAACCUAUCUUUAUCUCACUGGACGAGGUGGCGACCAGUCUGGGGAUGGAGCGGCGGCGCAUCUACGAUAUCGUCAACGUGCUAGAGUCCCUCAUGAUCGUAGGCCGCAUGGAGAAGAACAGCUACACCUGGUACGGACGCCUGAGGCUGGAGGCCACGCUGGAAGAUUUGCAGGAACGGGGCCACCAGCAGGGCUACCACCUUCACAUGGAGAACGCCACUGUGGCCGGCAGGGAGGCGGGGCCGAGCCACGAGAGCGACGGCGGAGAGGAUGACAGCAGCCACGCUGCUGGCAACAGGAAAGACAAAUCUCUGCGCAUCAUGAGCCAAAAGUUCGUCAUGCUCUUCCUGGUGUCUAAGACCCAGACUGUCACUCUGGAAGUGGCAGCAAAAGUUCUCAUCGAGGAGAGUCAGGACUCAUCCAGCCACAGCAAGUACAAAACCAAGGUGCGACGACUCUACGAUAUCGCCAACGUGUUGACCAGCCUGGGGUUGAUAAAGAAGAUGCACGUUCGAGAGGAGCGAGGCAGGAAGCCAGCUUUCAGGUGGCUCGGACCUGUCAAAUUUAACAAAUCAAGAAACUCUGAGAACGCCAUGGGCGUUGCCACACUUGAAGCCUGCCGGUCAAUAGCGGGCCAGGACCUCAGAAAAUCCAAGCUAGCACGCCACUCCUCUUUUAACAUCACCCCGACGUCUGUGGCCAUCCAGCGGCAGGUCAGCUCAGCGCCCAGCAGCCCAGGCAGGGAAAUAACAGGAUUUCCACAUCAGCCGGUGGAUUAUUCCAGAAAGACGCGAGCCAACGAGGCUGUCUGCAGGUUGCAGUUUGGAAACCCCAAAGGCAACAGCAGCAGCACAUUGGCUCAGCCCUCCCCUCAGACCACCGUGAUGGUGCCCACCCUGCAACCCGAGCAGCUCGUCACCCUCUCCUCGUCACCUCAAUGCCUGGCCUACCUGCCCAGCCUGUCCCAGCCCUCUGUGGUCAUGCUGUACAACCCGCCCAACAGGAGCGCGGCAGAGGGGGCGGCAGAGUGUCCGAGGUUGCCGAGCUUGGAGUGUGAGCAGGGGAGGAAAAGAAGAAGGGAAAUGGUGGAGGAGGAGCAGGAGGUCGUGGCAGUGAAGAGAAGCCCAUCGGGGCUGGAACGAGGAGACGAGAAAGCAGAAGGUCAAAGCGGCGUAUGCAAAUCAGCAUCAGAUGAGAGCAUCGCCAGCACCAGCCAGCCAUCACACUACCUCUACGUGCCAAACAAUGCAGGUCUGAAAAGCCUCAACUUCCUCUUCCCCACUGGCCAGCCACCAGCCCAUCUCCCGCUCCCUCCUGGCGCCGUUUCUCCCAUGGCGCUGCCCUACAUCCUGGUGCCUUCGUCCGCCUUCUCCCAGUACCCCCUGCUGGCCGGCGGCCGACCGCAGCAAGGCGGCGACCCCAAAGUGAGUUUCAACCUGCCCGCCCACUUUAUGAUGGCGGCCGCGCCCUACAGCGUAGCGGCGGCACCAGAAGUGGGCCAGGUGUCGCCCGUUUCUCCGCCUUCUACGCCGGAGCAAAGCAGGAAGGGCUACUCGGGGGUGUCGUUCCCACAUUCUCCACCGGGACAUCGGCAAACGGUCUGUGCAACUACACGGCUACCAUUGACUCCACACACUCCAAAGGAAAUCCCAGCACCUUCCUCCAAAGCCUUCUUCCAGACUCCUGGCACAGUAAUGGAUGGCACCGGCGCCACGCCUGCAGCCCGAAAGCGGGGCUCAGCACAGAGGAGACUUGACAUCAGCCACCCAUCUACCUGUUAGCCAUCGGAUGCUAACAAUGAGCAAUCAGGUGCGCCAUCAAAAGUUAGUGUUUUCCAAAGGCAAGAAAAUACAUUCUUGCAUGCUGAGAUAUGGAAUCUGACCUUUUAAAAUGGCCCCAAAAUUGUUCCUCCUGGUAAAACAGUGCCAUCCUGUGGUCGGAGUUAGCCACUACAAGCCUUAAAUCCCACUCUUGAAUUGAACUCAACCUACGUAAUCCCCUAUCAAAGGCUUAAAUAAUUCCUAUUUAUAUGUUUUAGAUAAUAUAUAUUAAUUACAGUGACUGUAAUGGAAGCACUAAGUGUAUGAUUGAUUUUGUGGCGGUUGUCUUCGUUUGGCCACAUUAGCAAGCUAUUAUAAUGAUAGGCAUGUUUCAUUGGCUGAUUUUAUUUGAAAACAUUACUGUGAAGCUAACUUAAUGAAAAACUGUUUACAGCCUCUGUGUGUUCUACAUCAAUAACCGUAAUGUAUUAUGGUUUGAUGAUGCAUACAGGUACUUGAAUUCUUGUGAUUUUACCAUAGGCGAGAUAUGAAAGUACUGUAAAAAAAAAAAAAAAAAAAAAAGUGUU